AUUCAUUUACCACUUCGUCCUUGAAUAUAAUAAUAGGAAAAUGAAAUUUGGUGCACGCUUGACUCUCGGGGAAUUAACACACAUUCCCUGACAUCGACCACACCUAGAAGCUAUAAAAUACUUAAAAGCGAUACUGCCAGAAAUAAUACUCCACUAAACGUAAAAACAGCGACAAUUUUGUGACAGACAAUUGUCCCCGCGCAAAAAUGCUAGAAAACAGCAUCAUUGAUAUGCAGUCGCUCACUGAGCCCAGAGCCGAAGCUAUCUUGGAGAUUGUCGAUAUCCUGUUUACAAUACUCGUCGCUGGACCCCUCGUUAUAAUAUAUUGGAAGGCGACAUGGGUACUGGUUGAUAUCUAUAUAUACCCUGAAGAUAGUCUAUUGAGUGCCGCUUGCUCUGCCGCUUUCGGCAUCAUGUUCGGCCUGACGCUUUGUGCCCUGCAAGCUCCAUUGAACAAAAUUUUAACACCUGAUCUAGGAAGAAUUAAAUAUUUUUUCUUUUCAAGAUUAUAUACGAUAUUCGCUGGAGUAGUGAAUGUUACCGCUUGCAGAGGAGUGUGGAAUCUUCAUGAGAUCUUUAUCCAAGACACGGUGGGAGUGUUAAUAUCAACAAUAGUGGCCACAUUGUGUAUAGGGUUAAUGAGAAGUCUGAGAAAUCUCGACUCUGCGCCUUUAUCUUUGACGGUGGAUUCAGACGAAGAUUAUUUUGAAUCUCCAACAUUUUAUAGAACGAGUAGCAGAGAAACUGCACUUUACAUUCUGGACUGCGUGUUCUCGGUGACGGUGGUGGGCUCACUCGUAGUUUUUGUGUGGCGAGGUUCUUGGGCACUGCUGGACAUCUUCCUCUACCCUGACGACCAGGUCAAGUCCUUCUGGACAUCACUUGUGGUGGGAUACGCGAUAGUUGUGGUGACGUUCGCUACCCAAGUGCCCAUGCGAUGGGCAGUGGGUAAACUACAAGGCGCGCCUAGGUUGCUGGUUGCUGAUCUUUAUCAUCUGGUGUCGUUUUUGGCUACAGUUAAUGUGUGGCGAGCCGUUUGGGGCCUGAUGGAUGUAUAUUUCUUCCCAGAUACGCCCAAGCUAAGCAACUGGUGCUCACACAUCAUCAGCCUGUCAUUGUUGAUUCUUCUCAACUGCUCGAACUCUAUCCUAGUGAGAGGAGUCUACAUCGACGCUGAGGAGCCCGCAGGUGACUGUGUCGUAUUCCCGUGCCACUACCUAAGGUUAUUCUUCCACAAGGAGAGAAUCAAGAAGAGACAAAAAGGGUCCCUUACAGCAGCGCCUACUUCUGCUACCAAAAAAAUAGAAGAAGCCAGCGUACCUUUACAAACUCCAGAGGAGAAAGUCUAAUAAUACUCCUUUACCAGAAGGAUAUUUUCCGAAUUGCAUUUUUGACUACACUGUACAUAAUGUUUUAUUUAUCGAUUAACAAUCCUGUACUAUAAAUAAGAAUGUUACCUAUGUAUAUAUAUAUAAACAUGAGUAUUAAAACCCUUCACUUAAGUGACAAAUAAAACAUAAUUGAUUCUUAACUAAGUAUGAAAAUAUUUUUAAAGAAAAGUUAUAUUUAUAUAGAAUAUUUUUCUUCAUACAUAUUUUUAAAAACAAAUAAUGCUAGUAAUGUACUUGUAAUUUUUCCGCCAGUGAGUCGUUGUGGUUUUAUAACGCUACCUUUCUAUUCCUUACUAAUAGCUUUAUUAUGAACUUUGAUAUUUAUUUUAUUUUAUUUUAAAUAACAUUAUUAUUUUUUAUAUAUCAUGAAAUAACUGUUAGCUAGCUAAAAGUUCUUAUUUUGCUAUUGUUUCUUGUUAGGUUAGGUUAGUUAAAUUAAA